AUGAAUAUCGACUGGAAACUCAACCCACCUAUGGCAUCGCACAUGGGCGGCGUAUGGGAGCGCCAGAUCCGUACCAUUCGGAAAGUUCUAUCUGCGCUAUUCUACAACCACGGGACUCGCCUUGAUGACGAAUCAUUCCGCACGCUUCUCUGCGAGGUAGAAUAUAUUGUGAACUCAAGACCGAUCACGACCUGUUCUGAUGAUCCUGAUGACAUGGAACCACUAAGUCUGAGUCAGAUCCUCCACAUGAAGUCACCCAAGAGGUUAAUACCGGGACCUUCGCAACCAGAAUAUGUGUACUCGAGAAAAAGGUGGCGUAGAGUACAAUAUUUGUCGGACUUGUUCUGGAGCAGAUGGAAAAGGGAGUACAUAGUCAGCCUGCAGCAACGCCCCAAAUGGAACAAACAACAACGAAUUACACGGGAAGGUGACAUCGUGCUCCUGAAAGACGAGAACACGCCAAGACUUCACUGGCUCCUAGCACGUGUAACAGAGGUGCUGCCAGACUCCAGAGGUGUUGUGAGAAGCGUCAAACUUCGAACCCAAUCUUCUGAACUGCACAGACCAGUGAGCAAGCUCGUACUCUUACUUCCAAAAGAAGAUCAAGUGUUAUAG